UGGAGACCUGGAAAUGUUUCAGUUGCCUUUAAUUUUUUCAAAUUACGAAAUCAUAUAAUGUUGCUGGGACCGUACUAAGCAUUUCCUUAUUUUUACGUAUAUAUUUUAAUUUGUUUUGUAAUUCGAACAAUUUUCACAUUGAAGUAAACAUUUUAAAUAUGUUCGCAAAUGUACCAUACAUAUAUGUAAGUAUAUAUUUAGAAUAAAAUAUAAAUAUAACUAAACAAACAGACAAUGAAUCGCUGCGAGACUGAUUGCUGGAUUUAUGCGCGAAAUAUUUACGAUUCUCAACUUGCUUAACUAAUAACGGGUUUUUCAAUAGGGACGCUACAAAAGUGGACAUAUUUUUCCCCGUUUUUUUGACAUUUAUCUUCAGUAAUGUUUGCCAUUUCAUCAUGGAAAGAUAUAUGAUCCAACAACGAGUCGACAUUAUUAAAAUUUACUACCGAAAUUUGGAGUCAGUGGCCUCAACUUUAAGAGCGCUAUGUCCAAUUUAUGGUCGUCUUAAUCGUCCUGACAUUCAUAGUACAAAAUGUUCCAGUGCCAAUGAAACUAAGAAGUGCCCAUAGUUUCGAGAAUAUCAAUCAAUGAGGAAGACCCAAAUCAAUUUCUUACACGUUCAAACGUUGGGCAUCUCUGUGACGUCGUUGUGGUGAAUUUUGUGAAAAGAUCUUGGCCUACAUCCUUACAAGAUCAAAUUGACGCAAGAACUGACGCCGUUUGACCACCAGAAUCGCCGUAUGUUCGUGAACUGGGCUGAGCAACAACUUGAAAAUGAUCGGGAUUUGCAUCGAAAAAUCAUUUUUAGCGAUAAGGCUCAUUUCUGGCUGAAUGGCUUCGUCAAUAAGCUGCGUUAUGCGUUAUUAGUUAGGCAGCAAUCCACACGUAUUCCAUAAGUCACCAUUGCAUCUCAAAAAAAUUACGGUUUGGUGCGGUUUAUGGGCCGGCGGCUUCAUUGGGCAGUACUCCUUCAGCGAAGAUCAAGACCGGCACAUUACUGUGAAUGGGCUACCGCUCAAUGAUAACCGAUUAUUUUUGACCAGAAUUGGACGAUAUAGACUUCGAGAAUAUGUGGUUCCAACAAGACGGCGCCACAAGCCACAGAGCGAAUGUCACAAUCGAUUUAUUGGAAACCAAGUUUGUUGAACGUGUUAUCUCACGAAAUGGCCCAGUCAAUUGGCCGCCUCGGUCGUUCGAUUUGACGCCGUUAGUUUUCUGUGGGGCUACGUCAAGUCUACGGUCUAUGCGAAUAAGCCAGCGACAAUUGAUGAACCUUUUACGAAUAUUGAACCUGAAAUUGUAGCAGUAUCUGCCGAUUUAUGCUUGAAAACAGUCGAAAAUUGGGUUCAGCGUCUGGACUUCUGCAAGCGUGCCCGUGGUGGUCAUGCAAAAGAAACCGAGUUCCAUAUACAUAUAAUAGCAUCAAAUGUACUUUCAAAGGAAUAAAGCAUUUCAUUGAUAUACCAAACCGUGUUUGUUUUAUUUUCUAGUGUUCUUAUUAAAAACCCCGUUAUGUUCUCAUAUGUUUACAAUUUGUUGUCGGUUAUAGAUGGAAAUUUGGGCUCUUGAAAAUAAUUUUCAUACUUAGAGUCAUGCAGAUAAGCCUUUAAACAUAUACAUUUGUAAUAACUAAAUUAAUUAAGAAAAUAUUGAGAUAUUUGUACUCUCGCACAAGAAUAAAUGGAAAGUGGCUACCAGGCAUUUCUCGCAGGGUAUUCACAGUAUAUAGUCUUGUGAUAAUGUUGUGGAGGCGUGAUUUCUGUAUGACUACUUACUUACGUAUGACUUAUAGUUUUGGCGUUUCAGCUCAUGUAAUUAAUUGUAAAUUUGCAUUCAAGCUAUUCACUUUGGAAACAAGGUUUUCAAUUUUGAUUCUAACUGCGUGUGAAAUUUCCAAUACAGAAGGAAAUCUCUUUACAUUUUAGCUAUUUGUAAUGUUCAGAAGAGUUACGCAAUGGGUCCUACUGUAAAACUGAGGUAUCUCUACGCAAUAUUUAUGCCAAUGGUAAUGACGGAAGUUUUUGGACUAUAUUUGGACUACACAGAAUCUACUGAAUUCAUACAUCAGCGCGCUGGUUAUGACAUUCGAUUACACUGUGGUGUUGAAGGAUUGAUGGAUGAAGAACAGCUCGCAGAUAAAAAGAUCUAUUGGUUUUUUAAGUGUCGAGAAAAAACGUUCAUCAGCGAAAGCUGCCAUAAGUGGAUGCAGUUACCUUGUGAAGAAAACUUUUGCCAAUCAGACUUGUUGCUCCACAAUGUCACUGAGGAGUAUUCUGGCUUAUAUAAAUGUACCGUUGUGCCACUGAAGUACAAAUCUGGACACGCGCUUGAUAUUCAAUUCGUUCGUACUUAUCAACUUGAUGUGAAAAACACUAGUGCGGCUAUACCCAAAUUUGUAGAUCCAUACCCUUUAAAUAAGACGGCUGUUAUCAAUGACCAAGUGGUGUUUCAGUGUCGUGUGCAAAGUGAAGAGCAUCCCACCAUUAAGUGGUUUCGCCGCACUCCAGCUUCUCUUCCCAAUGAUUUGGAAAAUAUGGCUGUCAAUAGUAAUAAUCUUAAUGCGCACAUUGUCCAUUACAAUGGACAUAUCUAUGAGCUGUUGCAUACGGCUGGUGAAAAAUACAUAGGAGAAGAUAUGUUUCUAAGCAAAUUGAUAUUAAAUGGAGUGAGUCUGAGGGAUGCGGGUUACUAUGCCUGUGCCGCUAUUACUUUUCAUGGUUAUAAAAUUAGAGAAGCAUUCUUAGAAGUUCAUCGUCAAGGAUAUGUAGAAGACUACAGCGCUAACGGGGAAGCAUACACCGAUCCGAGUGAAUUCUGGUUACUAUUUUUAAUGCCUGUGGGGUUAGCAAUGCCCCCGCUGAUAUUUUGGCUAAGCUAUUUGAUUUAUAAACGGUACACCACGCAUACGGAGAUUCAAAGAAACUCGCAAACUUAUUCCGAAGACUUCAUAGAAGACGAUAAUUGUGUGCUGAGAGCGUAGUAGUGCGAAUAAAGUGUUAAAACUCAUAGUUUAUAUGUUGUAUUCAAUGAAAAGUAAUUAAAAAUAAGACAAAUACGCUUAUUAAUUUAAUUGAAGUAUACAUAUGUAUAUAUAAAUCAAUAUGAAUAUUAACUAAAUUAGGUAUUCAAGCUCAUUCCUGAUAUAGAUUGUAAUUAUUGUAAAUAAUUCGCGAAAUAAUUAAGAACAUUGCCAUAAUAUAUACAUUUAUUAUAUAUAUGUACAUAUGUACAUAUGUAUAUAUAUAAAUUCAUGAUUGUAUAAUAUUUUAAACACUGGCGCCAUAUUUCAUUCAUGAGUGAUUUAAUGCACUGAGAAGUUAUUUCUAUCAUAAUUAUUUAUUAUUUAUUAUAUAUUUAUAUGUUAAUUUUUUAUUUUUUUCAAUAUUUAUUUAAGCGCCAAAUAAAUUAAGGAUGUCUAAAAAUGUUUCUUCCACAAAGAAGAGUUCUUUCUUUGGAUUAAUAGAAUGAAAUUUUAUGUAAAAAAUUACAAAAAACACGUUAACUGGUAAUAUAUAAAAUUGACAAUAGCUUUUACUGAUAUGUAAUAAAAAAAAAUAAAACUAACUGAAAUAACUUCUAACUUCAAUAAUAUUUGAUUUUGAUAAUACUUGUCUAAUAACCAGACUUCAAUAAAUCGUAUUCGAAAAUUUUUAAUAAAGUGUUCGAAAAUUAAUAUUCGACCAAAAAGUUGAUUGUGUAGAUUCCUAAACCGAAACAAACACGAAAUAAAAAGGAAUAUCAACUUGAUAUAAAUUGUUUUUCAACAUUGCGUUUUUUAAAAAUCAAAAUUUGUAGCAAUCAAGUUCAAAAUUUUUCAUCUCUGUCAAUUAUAAUUUGAGUGUAUUCCAAUAUCUAUUUUUUUAAAUAUACAUAUAUUUAUAUAAACUUACACAUAA